UUUUUUGUUAAUUUUUGCCAAAUUUUUUUUAAAUAUUUUCUAAAUCGCAAUUUUAUUGUUUACUUGUGUUCUUAUUGUCACACACUUUUUAUUUUAUUUUUUGUUAGUAAAUUGAAUUUUGUUUAUAUGUAUGUACUUUUUAAAAUAAACAAUGUUUUCCUCUCCUCUCUUUCUAAAAUAAACAACAAAACAAUUUUCCAUCUUUGAACUUUAAUUUCUUAAAAAUAAUUAUUUUUUAGUACAUUUUGUUUACAAAAAUUUUUUUUAAAAGCUUUGUAUUUAUUUUUUUCUGUUUAAAAUUUUGUAAACAGAAAAAUUGUUUAUAUAAAUUGUUGGCCUUUUUUGGAUUUUUUCAGAUUAUUUUUUUUUUGAAAAUUUUUUUAAAAUUAAUUUUUAUUUUCUUAUAUUUAUUUAUUUAUUCUUUUUGGUACUUUUCUGUUAUAUCCUCACAAAUUCUAUACAUGUUAGCCAAUGACCGGUUCUAAAAUCUUUUGAUUUGUCUCGGCCAUCGAUGUCGAAAGGUACCUCUCUCUUUGAUUGGAAAUACUGACAGACGGAGAUAUAGUUUAGAGGUGUGUCAUUUCGCCUUUCAUGCCUUCCAUCUUUCGCCAAAAUUCGGCCUUUUUGGACUUUCGUCUUUUGCUCUUUAAAAUCUGUUUGGCACAUCCCUGAUAUAGCUCCUUAAAAAUUAGCAAGCCCUAUUUCCAUAAAUUUUUUUUAUUCUUCUCUUCUACAAUUUUUUUUUUUAUUUUUUUUUAUUUUUGCAUUUUUAACAAUUUUUUAACUAUUUUUUCUUUUUAUUUUAAUUAAAUAGCCAUCAUUAAAUUACUUAGCAGCUGAUAUAUUUUAAUUUUUUUGUCACAUUUUUUUUCUUUUCUUUCCCGUGACCUUUUGAAUGACAAAAUCUUUUAUUCUUUUUUUAUUUUAAAAUUCAAAAAAUAAUUUUUUCUUCCCUUUCUUUCCUUGUUUUUAAAUUUACAUAUUUAAUUAUUUAAAGAUUUAAAUAAUUUUUAAUUUUAUUUUUUACUUCCUUUAACAAAAUUAUGUAUUUAUAAAAAAAUUAUUUUUUUAUUCCUCAUUUUAACGAUUUUUUUAGUUUUCUGAUUGUUCUUUUGGGGUUAGUCUUUUUACAAUUUUUGUAACUGAGAGGCAAACGGUCAAAAAGUCUACACAAUUUUCCCCUUGAUUUAAAAGUAGGAUACCACCCCGUCCCCCGAAGCCCAGACUCCGAUUUUUUGGCAUAACCCUGACCCGAACCCCGACGGCAAACCUCGGUCCACCAUCCUGCCCCCGAAGGCUCUCCCUGAACAGAACUCCCGGUUAUCGAGAUUAUAACUUUUCGAAAUAUCUUCUAUGAUUCUCGUACAACUUACCUAAUCUUGUCUUUAAUUGGAAGAAUGUAUGAGGAAUUCUAGACUGUUUUUUCUUUAUUUUUUAUUCAAAUUUUUCAAAUUAAUUUAUCUUUUUUAUGUUGGGAAACUUUGAUUGUUUUUGAUAAUCAAAUAAUUAUUUAAAUAUUUAUUGAUGAUUUUGGGAAAUAAUUCGUCAUUUUUAAUAAUUAUUAUUUAAUUUUUUUUAUUAAUUUUAUUAGACAUUGAAAACUUAAAAAUUAGUUAGCAAUAUAAAAAUUUAUUUAUUUUUAUUUUCUACUUCCCUUUCUCGUCAUUUUAUUUACACAUUUCCACGUCUUAUUUUUAUUUAAAAACAAUUUAAAUAUCACCAUUUUGUGUCAUAAAAAAUUUGCAAAAUGACGAAUUUCUCAUCAAAAAUUUGGAAAAAAAAUUAAUUUUCUUUACCCAAAAUUGCCAACAAAAUUAUUUUUAUUUUUAUUUUUGUUCCUCCUUUUUUAUCUUUUAAAUUUUAUAUAUAAAUAGCUUAUAUUUUUGAUUUAUAAAUAAAAUCAUUUAAUUUUAAAUCAACAAAUAUCUCUUUCCUUACUUCACAUGUUUUUAGGGGAUUAUUUGGGAUAGGAAAGUUUUGGCGCUAACUUUAAAGAUUAUCUCCAAUAAUAAGACCUUCAAAAUUUUAAAUAUUUAAAAUACUCUUGUUAAUUUGAGAGAAUUUUUGGUUUAAAUAUUUCUCAAUAGAUUGGGGGCCAGAAAUUUGACAAUUUUUGGCAAAUUUAAGGGGUUUAGUUUAAGGAGGAUAUCCAUAGAAAAUUUAAUUAUUUCAGUUUUUCACAAAAUUUAUUUUUACACCUACACAAAAGCCAUAGUUUUAUCUUAAACUUAAAGAAUUAAUUAACCCAAAAAAUUGUUAAAACAAAUUUUUAAUCGUUCGUACUUAAAUUUGAAAAUAAAUUAAAUAACUUAAUCUUUAUUUAAUUUUAUAAAUUCCAAAAUACCCCAAAAAUUGAGGGAUUCUAAGAAAUAAUUGAUUUUUCUCCCAAAAAUAUUUUAAAAUUUUCAACAAAAAAUUCCUUUUCAUUUUUUGGCGGACAUUAAAAUAUUAUUUAUUUAUUAUUAGCCUUUCAACUCUUUUUUUCUUUUUUUUCUUUUAUCGAUUAAUGCUCUCGACUGUCACACCCUUUUUUUCUUUUUAAUUUUUUUAUUUCUUCUUUUGCCUAUGGCCAACCCUUUGUGUGUAUAUUUAUGUGUUUUAUAGCCUAGCUAUAUUUUAUUUUGUGUGUUUAUUUGACAAAUGGUGACGUUGACAAUUUUUGUUUUAAUUAAUUAAUAGUUGAAAUUGUUGGUGAUGUUUAUAUUUUAAUUGUUUUAAAAAUUUUGUUUGAUUAAAACACAACUUUAUUUAAAUGAGUUUUAUUUAUUUUUAGAAUACUUUGAAAUUUAAAAAUAUUCUAAUAAUUAUGGGGACAAUUCUCCGAAUUGACUAGUCACCGAUAAAAAUUUUAUGGAGGACCUAUAUGAUAUCAAAUGCUUUUCGUUUAUCUUUUAGUUUUCCCGUUUAUGAUAUAAUUUUAUUCUACAAUAUGGUCACUAGUUUGUUAAAGAUAAAAAAGAGUGGAUAUUUAAUUUUCAAAAAAUCCUUUCAGCGAAUUGUCUUUUUCGGUUAUUCGGUGAAUUGUCCUAUUUCCUGGCGGUUCUUCUCUUUUUUCUAUUUAUUCGCUUAAAACAAUUUAAUAACCGUUCUCUCUUUUUUAAAAUAAUUUUUUCUCUUUAUAUUCGCCAAGCGUUUUAUAACCUUUCUUUCAAAUAUGGCAUUUUCUUUGUCUGUUUUUUAAAAUUUUCACAACACAAUACACACAACAAACAUUUAUUCCCUCUCUUUUCUC